AUGACACAAAACGUUGAUUACUCGCUCUAUCUUGUGACCAAUGCGGAAAUGGUCCCUGAAGGGUAUGAUUUCCUAGGUCAAGUACAAGCAGCAAUUGAUAAUGGAGUCACCAUUGUUCAAUUACGUGAAAAAGAGAUUGAUACAAGAGAAUUCAUCAAAAGAGCUCAAGCUGUUCAUGAAUUGACUCGAAAAGCAGGGAUCCCUUUGAUUAUAAAUGAUCGUGUUGAUAUUGCAUUGGCUAUUAAUUGUGAAGGUGUUCAUGUUGGUCAAGAUGAUAUGCCUGCAAAAUUAGUUAGAAAAUUACUUGGACCUGAUAAAAUCAUUGGUGUUAGUGUUGGUUUUGCUUUUGAAGCUAGAGAAGUAAUUGAAGAAGGUGUUGUUGAUUAUAUUGGUGUUGGUCCAAUGUUUGAAACUAAUACAAAGAAGAAUAUGAAGAAAUUACCAUUUGGUCCAUUAGGUGUUCGUGGUGUAUUGAAAGUUUUAAGAGAUGAAGGUGGUGAUCAUGUCAGAACCGUAGGGAUUGGUGGUAUUAAUGAUACUAAUGUUCAAAGAGUAUUGUAUACAAGUGCUAUCCCUGGAAGAUCAUUGGAUGGUGUUGCUGUUGUAUCGAAUAUCAUGGCUAAUAAAGAUGCUGCAGGUGCAACUAAAAAAUUAAGUGAAUUGAUUCAUUCAAGUACUAGGGACUUAUACAUUACCAAUAAUCAAUAUCCAAUAGAUUAUAUAAAACCUUCCACCCAGAUCAUUCAAAAUGUUAUUGAUAUAAAACCAAUGAUUCAUCAUAUUACAAAUAAUGUGGUAAAGACAUUUAGUGCAAAUGUAGCAUUAGCAAUUGGUGCAUCUCCAGUAAUGUCUGAAGAAGUUGAAGAUUUUGAAGAUUUUUCCAAAUUCCCAAAUGCUGCAUUAUUAUUGAACAUUGGUACACCAAGAGAAUCUGAGAUUGAUACUUAUUUAAAAGCUGUAUCAAGUUAUAACAAGAAUGGUAAUCCUGUUAUAUUUGAUCCUGUGGGAGCUGGUGCUUCAAAAUUUAGAAAAGAUUUAGUUAAAAGAAUUUUGAAUUUAGGUUAUUUAACAGUUAUAAAGGGUAAUGAAGGUGAAAUAUUCACUACAGCAGGUAUUGAUAAAUUAAUGAAAGGUGUUGAUAAUGUUGGUAAGGAAAAACAAGAUGUUGUUAUUGAAGCUGCUAAAAAAUUAGCUAUAAGUACAAGAUCUAUAGUUGUUGUCACUGGUGAAAAAGAUAUAAUUGUUGAUGGUUGGUUAUCAGGUGAAUAUAAAAUCCCAUCAGAUGUUAAACAAAGAGUUGUUACUAUAAAAGGUGGUCAUAAAUUAAUGGGUGGUAUUACAGGUUCUGGUUGUUCAUUAGGUAGUGCUAUAUCUGCAUAUAUUACUGCAAAUAGAAAUGACCCAUUUUUAGCUGUUGUUACUGCAGUGGCUCUUUUCAAUCAAGCUGGUGGUAUUGCUGGUAAAAAAGUUGAAAAUGAAGGUACUGGCUCAUUUAUUUCUGAAUUUUUAAAUCAAUUGAAUAAAGUUACAAUUGAAAAUAAACCAGAAAAUUGGAAUGUUGUUAUUUCAUCAGUUUGA